AUGCUACGGGUGCGGGAGCAUGGAUCAAAGGUUGGCAAGCUGCCCCAAGGGAAGCGGGAAGCAAGAGAACAUUCGAGUGUGCUUUUAUUGCAAGGAGGUGGGACAUAUCAGGCCACAUUGUCCAAGGUUGCAGCGGUUGACAAGAAAGAAGAAGAGAAAGGGUCUGCUUUGGAACAGGAGGCUAAGAAUCAAGCCAAGAGAGAUCUAGAUGAUAUUGGAACAGCUGUGAUUCCAACCAAACUUGAAGAGCCAGGUUCAUUCAACCUGCCAUGCUCCAUCAACUACAUGCACUUCAACAAGUGCCUCUAUGAUCUUGGAGCCUCGGUUAGUGUUAUGCAUUACUCAAUAACAGAAAAGCUGGGAUAUGAAGAAUUCAGGCCUAGUAACCUUUAUAUAAGUCUAGCUGAUGGUUCAAACAAGGAUGUGAUUGUUAAACUGGAGAACUUUCCAAUGAAGAUACGCAAGCCAAUAAUUCCUACUGAUUUUGUCAUAAUAGAAAUGGAGAAAGAGAAUGAAGACCCAAUCAUUCUUGGGAGACCAUUUUUAGCUACAGCUGGAGCCAUUAUUGAUGUGAAAAGGGUGUGA